CUAAAGCAACCACCUAUUUCCGUACACAAAGCCACUCGGCUUGCCACGAGGCAAAUCACUCGCCGUUGGCGCCACGGGGCAUGACUUGUCUGAUAUCCGACGGGCAUAAUGACGUGACGAGGGGAGAAAGUGAUCGCAGGCAUUUAAUAAUCGGGAGCACAAAAGCUUCGGUCUUUCCCGAGCGUUUGUGCUCUUCUGCUUCAUUUAUUUCAUAUAGAGGCUCAGUGUUGCAGAGUCGUAAUUUCGUGAAUCUAUCUCUGAAAAAAUGAGUAGCUUUCUGAAAUUGGAAGCGUCAGCUUUUCGGAAGCGACCCCGUAAUUCAAUUUCUUUAUAGGUAGAGAUUUGCACUGACGUCUUGCUUCGAAUUUGUUUGUUUUUUUUUUUUUUUUUGGGGUAUUGAUGAUUUUGACUGUUGGAUUUGAGUGGAGGAAGGAUGGAAAAAAUGGUUUGGUGAAUUGAAUUGAAUUCCACGAGAUUCAAGCAUUGGAUUUUUCCACAUUAUAUCACGGGUGGCGUCUUCUUCUUCGUCUUCCAUUGCACACUAUUUUUCUUUUUUCCUUUCAACUUUUUUUUUUUUUUUUUUUUUUUACAGAGAGAGUGAUCGAGUCACACAAUCUGUGCCUUUUGUGAUGAUCAAAGGUCCAAAGAACCUGAUUCCAUUUCAGCUUUUGCUUUUGUCUUCUUCUUUAUCUCUCUCUGUUUUGAUCUCCGGCGACUCCGAGUCUAAACCCCACUCUGUCUGGGAGAGAUACCCGGCAACGAAAAUUGAAUUUUCUCUCUUUCUUUGGAAAAGAAAAAACAAAACAAAAAAAAACCCAUACCCACUUUUUCCGGUUUUCUUUCAGGCGACCUUUUCGGUAAAUAACUACUACUACUAGUACACACCCACACAAAAAGAAGAAGAAAAAAGGAAACAAACACAACGAACAACUCUCUCUCUCUCUCUCUCUCCCCUUUUCUCUCUCUCUACACGUUGUUCUCAUUUUGAGCACCUUUUGCAUCUGAGCCUCAUUUCUGUGUUUGAUUCUGGGUUUCGAUUCAGCUGCACAUCCGUUCUGCAAAUGUUAAGUCUCAUCAUCGUUCACAAAUGGACAAGCAGCUAGCUCGUCGGUUUAAGCAAUCCUCCGGGCACAAGCUCUUCUCCGGUGCUGGUGGCGACUUUGUGCUGCUUGAGAAAUCGAAGAAGGAGAGGAUUAGGAAAUUGAGUACCAUUGGUAGAGGAGCGACUUGUUCGAGCUUAGAAAUGGAUUGUGAUGUGUCUCAUAGAGAAGAUGAGGAGGAGCUUCCCAGUAAGAGAAUUAAGCUACCCAGAAAGUCUAUGGGCGACAGCAAUGGCGGCGUUCAUCUAGCCUCUGUGCCUCGGAAACUGCGUUCAGCAAUGAAGAAGCGCCAUCGUCAAUCUACAUCUCCGUCUUUAUCAAAUUCAAGGAAGCUACUGGGUGGCACUGAGUCUCUCAACUGCGAUGGCGUAAAGAAGCCAUGCUUGAAACAAGGAGAUAGAUCCCCUAAAGAGACUGUUUCUGGGCCCAUCACAAAAGAUGAGGAAGAAGUUGUGGAGACCUUGUAUGCUUUGGCUGGAUUGGUGUUCCCCAACAAUGAAGCAAAUGGUAAUGGCAAAGUAGAAUCUGAAACUUUAGAUGCAAAUGCUUCAGCUUUGCCAGAGUCAAAGAACAGUCCUGCGCCUGCAGUUGAAGUUGGAGACAUCAAAUUGGAUCCAGUUUUCCCCUGUAGAGCUACCAGCUCCACUAGUCCAUCUUACGUAGAAGGAUUCACUAAAGGAACUGAUCAAGUUGAUUUAUUGAAUAAUCCCAGUACUCAUUAUCAGCCUGAAUUUCCCAACAGUGGCACACUCUGUAUAGACUCGAAUAAUAACGUCUCUCAUAAUCAAAUAAACAUUUCUUCCUUGUCAGCUAAGGUUGAACAGUGCAAUGAAAAGCGUUUCAGCAAUGCUGUCAACUUCCGUGAUCCAUCCGAGUUAAGCCUCGAUAGUCGCAGGUUAACGCAGACAGUGCAACAGCUGACCUCAGUUUUCAGUAGAAAACCAGAAAUUGCAGUGGAGCUGGGCACGAACAUUGGGAGUCAAGUUCAAAAACAUGAUAUGCUCCAGGAAUCCAGGGAGAAAGGUUCAGGAUUGUGGCCUGGCUUGGCUUCAAAUGUCUCACAUGGUGCUAAGAGUGAUAGUCCACUUUUGCAGAGCCCUGCUGCUACAAUGCCUCCCUGGAUGGAUGCUGCUUUGUCGACCUCCAGAGCAUCAAUCCAAAAUGGUUCUUCUUUUGCAAAGGUUACGAAAGUUGUCAAUGGUACAAGAUCGUGUAAGAAAUGUGCAGCUCAUGUCUAUAUAAGUCAUUUGAUCCAGUCUCUAAAAAGCUCUGACAGCAAAGAUCAGUUACUGCUACAACCUUGUCAAAUGAGAGCACAUGAAGGAUCCGAACAAGGGGCUUUUUUGGGAGUUAAUACCUAUACUAAUGUUAAAAGUGGCUUCAAUGAGGUUGUUUCCAGCAGUAGCAUAAGAAUCUCUACUGCUGAAAAAGUUUCAAAUGAAGCUAAGAACGGUAUUCUUCAGCACAAGAUGCUCCGUCUAGAUCAGCCAUCGUAUACUUUGGCAUCUGGGGCACAUACGUCACCAAAACAGAUUUUUGAUUUCCUUUCAUUGUCAGCCGGAGGUGGUAGCUCAGGAAAUAAUGAUAGUUUUAGUAGAGGUAGAUAUGCAAUGGAGCCGUCGUCAGAAGCCCAAGUUCCUUAUCUUCAUUCUCCUGUGCAGCAUCACAAUCUCAUUCCUUUCCCUUUGACCCGGUCUCGCUACAGCUCUUCUGCUUCCCUUGACAGUCACCCACCAGUGGCACAGCAGGGCCAGCUGCUACCUUCAUAUAGCAACCCAUUCUGUGUUUCUCAAGCAAAUGUCACAGCCUUGACAAAACAACCAAUACAACAGCAAAAAUUACAUCUGCAGCAGCAGCAACAACAGUUUCAUCUGCAGCAGCAUCAGCAACAACAAUUACAUCUGCAGCAGCAACAGCAAAGGUUUUGGGCAGCUCAGUUCGCGGCUCAGUACAGGCCAGCGGGAACUCUGGCAGCCACAGCUCCCUCUCCGAGCUGGCAAAAUAUAAAGCAGGAGAACUGUACACUGAAUCAAUGUGGCCAAGCUCUCCUUUCUCCUUCCCCUUCAACACUUGAACUAGUUGGUCCCAAGUAUGCACCACUAUCUCAUCAGCAGCAGCAACAAAUGCCAGUCACUUCUUUUCCUCCCGACAGGGUAAAACUGUCAGACCACCAUCUGCCAUCUGUGUAUGAGGAGUCUGUAGGCGGGUACCGUGCUGCUAGUGCACUGCCAUUGCAGUUGCUCUGCAAUGAGCGCCUCUGAUAAGUAGUGAUAAGAGAUGAUCUAUGGGAAGGUUGCUGGUAAAUGCAUUUAUUUAAUUCUUUUCUUCUCUUCAGACGUGGGAGUGGGACUUGCUGCUCGACUUUGUGGUGACUUGACUCAAAAAGAACUGAACAUUAUUUAGGGAUAUGGUAACCCUGCAUUUCCUCCAUAGUUAGAUCAGCUGCGGCAUUAGGAUGGUAGGCAACAACGUGUUGUGCAAACAUAUUUGAAGAAUAUUGUUUAUCAUAAUAGAAAGGUUAAUUUUAUCUUCCC